UUAAAAACGAAAAAAAUACUUUUUCUAGUUAACGAGCCAAACAGCCUAAAAGAAUGGCUUCUGUUCUGUAGUCCUGCUAGCCAAGUACUAAACAUUGUCUUUUGUUCACCAACUGAUCAGAUAAUCUUUUUUGUAGCUAUGAACCAACCAAAACUUGCCCUCUAUCUUCUUUUACUUCAUUUCUUUUUACAAUUGCAGAUACCUACGUCUUUUGCUAUUGAAAGGUCUUAUGUGGUGUACUUUGGAGCUCAUUCUCAUGGCCCAAAUUACUCACUCCUUGACUCGGAGCGUGUGACUCAGUCUCACUAUGAGUUUCUCGGAUCGUUUUUAGGAAGCCAUGAAGUUGCUAGAAAGUCCUUGUUUUACUCUUACACAAGGCACAUCAAUGGUUUUGCUGCGACCUUGGAAGAAGAAGUUGCUGCCAAGAUAGCUAGUCAUCCGAAUGUGAUAUCGGUAUUCUUGAAUCAGGGAAGAAAAUUACACACAACUCAUUCAUGGGAUUUCUUGGGGCUGGAACGAAACGAUGUCGUUCCUUAUGGUUCAAUUUGGAAGAAAGCCAAAUAUGGUGAAAAUACUAUCAUCGGAAACCUUGAUACUGGUGUAUGGCCUGAAUCCAAGAGCUUUAGUGAUGAGGAGUUGGGACCAAUUCCCGCAAAGUGGAGAGGAAUAUGCCAAAAUGGCAUUGAUUCUUCUUUUCACUGCAAUAGGAAGCUAAUUGGAGCAAGGUACUUCAACAACGGUUAUGCUGCAGUUGUUGGUCCACUUAACUCCACUUUUGACUCACCAAGAGACAAUGAAGGCCACGGUUCUCAUACCUUAUCAACUGCUGGUGGUAACUUUGUCUCUAAGGCAAGUGUUUUUGGUUUUGGCAAUGGAACAGCCAAAGGUGGAUCACCAAAAGCCAGGGUCGCAUCUUACAAGGUGUGCUGGCCUCCAGUGGAUGGAAACGAGUGUUUUGAUGCAGACAUUUUGGCUGCAUUUGACAUAGCCAUCAAUGAUGGUGUGGACGUUUUGUCUGUCUCUCUUGGAGGAGCUGCAACGGCAUAUUUCAAUGACAGUGUCUCCAUUGGAUCCUUCCACGCCAUCAGGAGUGGUAUUGUGGUAGUUUGCUCUGCCGGGAACUCUGGCCCAACCGAUGCUACUGUGUCCAACAUUGCACCAUGGGAGAUCACAGUUGGUGCCAGCACUAUGGAUAGGGAAUUUCCCACCUACGUCACCCUUGGCAAUAAGAAGAGUUUCAAGGGACAAAGUCUAUCAACAAGAGCUUUGCAGAACGGCAAAUUCUAUAGACUCAUUACUGCUGUAGAUGCUAAAGCAGCUAAUGCAUCGGAUGAAGACGCUAUUUUAUGCAAGCCUGGAACACUUGACCCAAGAAAAGUGAAGGGAAAUAUUUUGGUUUGCCUUAGAGGAGAAAAUGCAAGAGUGGACAAAGGUCAACAAGCCUUACAGGCUGGUGCAGCUGGGAUGGUUCUUGCCAACAAUGACUUAACCGGAAAUGAAAUCAUUGCUGAUCCUCAUGUCCUCCCGGCUUCACAUAUCAGCUAUUCUGAUGGCAUCAUGGUCUUUGCUUACAUUAAUUCAACCAAGUCUCCCGAGGGAUACAUUACACCUGCGAGAACAAAGUUGGCCACAGAGCCAGCUCCAUUCAUGGCAGCAUUUUCAUCGAAGGGACCUAAUACCGUUACACCAGAAAUCCUUAAGCCUGAUAUCACUGCACCUGGAGUGAGUGUCAUAGCAGCCUAUAGUGAAGCACAAGGGCCGACAAAUCAAAUCUUUGACAAGCGUCGAGUUGCGUUCAACUCUGUAUCAGGCACAUCAAUGUCUUGUCCUCAUGUUUCUGGCAUUGUUGGCCUUCUAAAAACCCUCCAUCCAGAUUGGAGUCCUGCUGCAAUUAAGUCAGCAAUCAUGACCACGGCAAGAACUCGAGACAACAGAAUGGAGCCACUGUUAAAUGCUUCUCACAUCAAGGCUACACCAUUCAGUUAUGGAGCAGGACAUGUCCAGCCAAACCGCGCCAUGGAUCCAGGGCUAGUUUAUGACUUAACUGUCAAUGACUAUCUCAACUUUCUAUGUUCACUGGGAUACAAUGCAACACAAAUUGAAACGUUUUCAGAGAAACCUUACAGAUGCUCCAAGAAAAUUAAACUCACCAACCUCAACUACCCCUCAAUCACUGUCCCUAGCCUCUAUGGAUCAAUCACUGUCAUUCGAACGUUGAAAAACGUUGGCAUGCCAGGAACUUACAGAGCGCGAGUAAAAAAUCCCGCCGAAAUAAUUGUUUCUGUUAAGCCAAAAAGCUUGAAGUUCAAUAGGGUGGGUGAAGAGAAGAGGUUUAAAGUCACACUCAUGCUCAAAAAACUUAAAGCAGCCAAGGAUUAUGUGUUUGGAGAAUUGAUAUGGUCUGAUAAUAAACACUAUGUUAGGACUCCUAUUGUGGUGAAGGCAGCCUAAAACAAACAUGCUAUUUUGGGCAGCUAAUUGCAUGUUCUUAUUCUUCAAGGAUGCUUACUUUUUAGGCUAAUUCAAUUUAAGAAUAAUGAUUGGUGAGAAUGGAAAGAAAUAUUAGUUGCUAAUAAUUUAGCAAUACUUUUUCUUUUCUUCUAUGUAUUCUUCCAAUAUUGUCAAGUGCCUCUAAAUUAAAGAGUCAUUUCUACAA